AUGAAUGGAGAGAAGAGUACGACUGCUGCACAUACAUCAACAUCACGACCGAAUCCUUGGGAUCCUCUGGAGUACUGUAGGAAGCACAACUUUUCUGUUCAAAGUACCCCGCCACUUUCGAUACGUCAAUAUGUCCGAUCUACAAUACGAAAUAAUCAUGGCAAUGGACCAUGGAAACCAACUGGCGUUUACCACGCAAACAUUAACAUCGAUGACAGAAACUCAUCGAAAGUAUUGCCCGAUCUCAAGCCUGAACCACGAACUGUCGUGAACAAGGGGACACCCUGGCGUCCAUCCGGUCACAGAAUCUUUAAGCCAGUGCCCUAUUUCGAUUGUCCAAGUCUCCGAUGGUCAAUGGAGGAUGUGAAACGCUCAAUGCCCGAGUUUCAAACAACAUCAACCAAAUCAUCAUGA